ACUCAAAAAAGGAAAGGCUACCCUAUUCUAAAACCCUUUGAAAGCUUGAAGCUCCUUGAUAUCCAAACAAAAACCCUAAUUUUCUUCUCCAACUUCUUCUUCUUCAAUUUUCCAGAAUGAUUGCUUUAGGAUUCGAAGGCUCUGCGAACAAAAUCGGAGUUGGAAUCGUCACUUUAGAUGGAACAAUUUUAUCAAACCCUCGUCACACAUACAUAACACCACCAGGUCAAGGUUUUCUACCAAGAGAAACAGCUCAACAUCAUCUUCAACACAUAAUCCCACUCAUAAAAGAAGCAUUAAAAUCUGCAAAUAUAACUUCAAUUGAUUCAAUUGAUUGUCUAUGUUAUACUAAAGGUCCUGGUAUGGGUGCUCCGCUUCAAGUUUCAGCAAUUGUUGUUCGCAUGCUUUCUUUGUUAUGGAAGAAACCUAUUGUUGCUGUUAAUCAUUGUGUUGCUCAUAUUGAAAUGGGUAGAAUUGUUACUGGUGCUGUUGACCCUGUUGUUUUGUAUGUUAGUGGUGGUAAUACUCAAGUUAUUGCUUAUAGUGAAGGGAAAUAUCGGAUUUUCGGUGAGACGAUUGAUAUCGCUGUUGGGAAUUGUUUGGAUCGGUUUGCUAGGGUCUUGACAUUGUCUAAUGAUCCUAGUCCUGGUUACAAUAUCGAACAGCUUGCGAAGAAAGGAGGGCAGUUUAUAGACAUACCAUAUGCUGUCAAGGGAAUGGAUGUUUCCUUCAGUGGACUUUUAAGCUAUAUUGAGGCUACUGCUGUGGAGAAGCUAAAAAAUAAUGAAUGCACCCCUGCAGAUUUGUGUUAUUCAUUGCAGGAAACGGUGUUUGCGAUGCUUGUGGAGAUCACAGAACGUGCUAUGGCACAUUGUGACAAAAAAGAUGUUCUUAUUGUUGGGGGUGUCGGGUGCAAUGUACGGUUGCAAGAGAUGAUGAAAAUAAUGUGCUCUGAAAGGGGUGGAAGGUUGUUUGCCACAGAUGAUAGGUAUUGUGUUGACAAUGGGGCUAUGAUUGCAUAUACUGGACUCCUCGCAUAUGCACAUGGCACGGUAACCCCACUAGAGGAUUCUACAUUCACUCAAAGAUUUAGAACUGAUGAAGUGGAUGCUGUAUGGAGAAAGAAGAAUGAACAAGAUACUAAUGGGAAUCCCUUGAUGUAAAGUACAUGGUUAAUUGAUGUCGUAAUUCAAGUAACAUCAGAGUCAGACUAAGCAAUAUCUUUGGCAUGCUUGUGAGUUGUAAUUUGUUUGUCCUUUCAGUUUUUCUUAUUGAUUUGCUGUCGUUUACACGUUGUUCUGCCAGAAGAAAAAACGAACAAUUGCACUGAAUAGGACUCGACACUCGGCAGUUGGUCACUUUUCUAGAAAGUUGAAACAUAAAACACUAACUUUUUGGAUAGAAAAGCCAAUUUUAGGUAGAAUUUCCUUACUAUUACUACUUGGUUUUGUAGGGAAUCCCUUGUUGUAAAAUACUUGAUGUUGCAAUGCAAGUAACAUCAGACUAAGCAGUAUCUUUGGCAUGCUUGUGAGUUGUAAUUUGUUUGUCCUUUCA